AUGCGAGUUCUUGUACAUGCUGUACUUGUUGCUGCACGAGUGAAUGGAUUGCUGGGGCAGCAACACAAAUCGUAUCUUCUCGCCACUCCAGAGAGAAGACAAGAACUUCUCGAAAGACGCAUAAGAAGAAGUGACGACGAAAAGCAACGUAAAAUGGGAGACACGAUUGAAGAAAUCAACAAGAACAGCGGAGUUGCUGGCUCACUAUACCAGGGAGACAUUGUCCUCACAAAGGAACAGCAGGAUCAAGUAGGAAUCCGAUCCAAACGGCAAGCAAUGAUUGAUCUUAAUAGACGAUGGCCGAAUAAAACGGUCCCCUACAUAUUAUACCUCCAGGUCAGUUGCUCUCAGUUCUCUGCACACACAAGCGAGAAGUUACCAGAAAUUCCUCCACUAUCUUUAGACAAUAAGCGCGAGGAGGCCUUCAAGAAGGCAUCGCAACUAUGGAUGGACGACACGUGCAUUGACUGCAAAGAAUACCCUGAUCCGAUAAAGACGAAAAUCAACCCUACACUCACAAAAGCGCGUACAUCUCAAAUCUGA